CACUUCUGUUCAUCUAGGUGGCGCCUCGUCACGUGCCCUCCACGGAGCGCGCUCCCGCCUGACGCAUGCGCAGAGGGCGUUCCGGGUAUUUUCUUCGUGGCGGCGGCGACGAGCGGAAGUGCCGAGGAGCGCCAGUUCCGUGUGUGUGUUCGAGUGGACAAAAUGGCGAAGAUUGCCAAGACUCACGAAGAUAUUGAAGCCCAGAUUCGAGAAAUUCAAGGCAAGAAGGCAGCACUUGAUGAAGCUCAAGGAGUUGGCCUUGAUUCUACAGGUUAUUAUGAUCAGGAAAUUUAUGGUGGAAGUGACAGCAGAUUUGCUGGAUACGUGACAUCUAUUGCUGCAACAGAACUUGAAGAUGAUGACGACGACUACUCAUCAUCUACAAGUUUGCUUGGUCAGAAAAAGCCAGGAUACCAUGCCCCUGUGGCAUUGCUUAAUGACAUACCACAGUCAACAGAACAGUAUGAUCCAUUUGCUGAGCACCGACCUCCAAAGAUUGCAGACCGGGAGGAUGAAUACAAAAAGCACAGGAGGACCAUGAUCAUUUCCCCAGAGCGUCUUGAUCCUUUUGCAGAUGGAGGGAAGACCCCUGAUCCCAAAAUGAAUGCUAGGACUUAUAUGGAUGUAAUGAGAGAACAGCACUUGACAAAAGAAGAGAGAGAAAUUAGACAACAACUAGCAGAAAAAGCUAAAGCUGGAGAACUGAAAGUCGUCAAUGGAGCAGCAGCUUCCCAACCUCCCUCAAAGCGAAAACGUCGCUGGGACCAGACAGCUGACCAGACGCCUGGUGCCACUCCCAAAAAAUUGUCAAGUUGGGAUCAAGCAGAGACCCCUGGACAUACUCCUUCUCUAAGGUGGGAUGAGACACCAGGUCGUGCAAAAGGAAGUGAGACUCCUGGAGCAACCCCAGGCUCAAAAAUAUGGGACCCAACACCUAGCCACACACCAGCAGGAGCUGCUACUCCUGGGCGAGGUGAUACACCAGGCCAUGCAACACCAGGUCAUGGAGGUGCAACUUCCAGUGCUCGUAAAAACAGAUGGGAUGAGACCCCCAAAACAGAAAGAGAUACUCCUGGGCAUGGAAGUGGAUGGGCUGAGACUCCUCGGACAGAUAGAGGUGGAGACUCAAUUGGUGAAACACCAACUCCUGGAGCCAGUAAAAGAAAGUCACGUUGGGAUGAAACACCUGCUAGUCAGAUGGGUGGAAGCACUCCUGUUCUGACCCCUGGAAAAACACCAAUUGGCACACCAGCCAUGAACAUGGCCACCCCUACUCCAGGUCAUAUAAUGAGUAUGACUCCUGAACAGCUUCAGGCGUGGCGGUGGGAGAGAGAAAUUGAUGAGAGAAAUCGCCCCCUUUCUGAUGAAGAAUUAGAUGCUAUGUUCCCAGAAGGAUACAAGGUACUCCCACCUCCAGCUGGAUAUGUUCCUAUUCGGACUCCAGCUCGAAAACUGACAGCAACUCCAACACCUUUGGGCGGAAUGACUGGAUUUCACAUGCAAACUGAAGAUAGGACUAUGAAAAGUGUUAAUGACCAACCAUCUGGAAAUCUUCCAUUUUUAAAACCUGAUGAUAUCCAGUACUUUGAUAAGCUUUUGGUUGAUGUUGAUGAAUCAACACUUAGUCCAGAAGAGCAAAAAGAAAGAAAAAUAAUGAAGUUACUUUUAAAAAUUAAAAAUGGAACACCUCCAAUGAGAAAGGCAGCACUACGUCAGAUAACUGAUAAAGCCCGUGAAUUUGGAGCUGGACCUUUAUUUAAUCAGAUUCUUCCUUUACUGAUGUCACCUACACUUGAGGAUCAAGAGCGCCACUUACUUGUGAAAGUUAUCGAUAGAAUAUUAUACAAACUUGAUGACUUAGUUCGUCCAUAUGUGCACAAGAUCCUUGUGGUCAUCGAACCAUUGCUGAUUGAUGAAGACUACUAUGCUAGAGUGGAAGGCCGAGAGAUUAUUUCUAAUUUGGCAAAGGCUGCUGGUUUAGCUACUAUGAUCUCUACUAUGCGACCUGACAUAGAUAACAUGGAUGAGUAUGUUCGUAACACAACAGCUAGAGCUUUUGCAGUUGUAGCCUCUGCACUGGGCAUUCCUUCAUUGUUGCCUUUUUUAAAAGCUGUGUGCAAAAGCAAGAAGUCCUGGCAAGCAAGACACACUGGUAUUAAGAUUGUCCAACAGAUAGCUAUUCUCAUGGGCUGUGCCAUCUUGCCACAUCUCAGAAGUUUAGUUGAAAUCAUUGAGCAUGGUCUUGUGGAUGAGCAGCAGAAAGUUCGGACCAUUAGCGCUUUGGCCAUUGCUGCCUUGGCUGAAGCAGCAACUCCUUAUGGUAUUGAGUCUUUUGAUUCUGUCUUAAAGCCUCUGUGGAAGGGUAUUCGUCAACAUAGAGGGAAGGGUCUGGCCGCUUUCUUAAAGGCUAUUGGUUAUCUAAUUCCUCUCAUGGAUGCAGAGUAUGCCAACUACUAUACAAGGGAAGUGAUGUUAAUCCUCAUUCGAGAAUUCCAAUCUCCUGAUGAAGAAAUGAAAAAAAUUGUGCUGAAGGUGGUAAAGCAGUGUUGUGGGACAGAUGGUGUAGAAGCAAACUACAUUAAGACAGAGAUUCUUCCUCCUUUUUUUAAACACUUUUGGCAACACAGAAUGGCUUUGGAUAGGAGAAAUUAUCGACAGUUAGUUGAUACUACUGUGGAGCUGGCAAAUAAAGUAGGUGCAGCAGAGAUUAUAUCCAGGAUUGUGGAUGACCUAAAAGAUGAAGCUGAACAGUAUAGGAAAAUGGUGAUGGAGACGAUUGAGAAAAUUAUGGGCAACUUAGGAGCAGCAGAUAUUGACCAUAAGCUUGAAGAACAACUGAUUGAUGGUAUUCUUUAUGCUUUCCAAGAACAGACUACAGAGGACUCAGUAAUGUUGAAUGGCUUUGGGACAGUAGUCAAUGCUCUUGGUAAACGCGUCAAACCGUACUUGCCUCAGAUCUGUGGUACAGUUUUAUGGCGUUUAAAUAACAAGUCAGCAAAAGUCAGGCAGCAAGCAGCUGACUUGAUCUCUAGAACUGCAGUUGUCAUGAAGACUUGUCAAGAGGAAAAAUUGAUGGGGCACUUGGGUGUUGUCUUAUAUGAGUACUUGGGUGAAGAGUAUCCUGAAGUAUUGGGCAGCAUUCUCGGAGCAUUGAAGGCCAUUGUAAAUGUAAUAGGUAUGCAUAAGAUGACCCCACCAAUUAAAGACCUGCUGCCUAGACUUACCCCCAUCUUAAAGAAUAGGCAUGAAAAAGUGCAAGAGAAUUGUAUUGAUCUGGUUGGACGUAUUGCUGACAGGGGUGCUGAAUAUGUGUCUGCAAGAGAAUGGAUGAGGAUUUGCUUUGAGCUUUUAGAGCUUUUAAAAGCUCACAAAAAAGCUAUUCGGAGAGCCACAGUAAACACAUUUGGUUACAUUGCAAAGGCAAUUGGUCCUCAUGAUGUAUUGGCUACACUUCUAAACAACCUUAAAGUUCAGGAAAGGCAGAACAGAGUCUGUACCACUGUAGCAAUAGCAAUUGUUGCUGAAACCUGUUCACCCUUCACAGUCCUACCUGCCUUGAUGAAUGAGUACAGAGUUCCUGAACUGAAUGUUCAAAAUGGAGUGUUAAAAUCACUUUCUUUCUUGUUUGAGUAUAUUGGUGAAAUGGGGAAGGACUACAUUUAUGCUGUAACUCCGUUACUUGAAGAUGCCCUAAUGGAUAGAGAUCUUGUACACAGACAGACGGCUAGUGCGGUGGUGCAACACAUGUCCCUUGGGGUUUAUGGAUUUGGUUGUGAAGACUCUCUGAAUCAUUUGUUGAAUUAUGUAUGGCCAAAUGUAUUUGAGACAUCACCCCAUGUAAUACAGGCAGUUAUGGGAGCCCUGGAGGGCCUGAGAGUUGCCAUUGGACCAUGUAGAAUGUUACAAUAUUGUUUACAGGGUCUGUUUCAUCCAGCUCGAAAAGUCAGAGAUGUAUAUUGGAAAAUUUACAACUCCAUCUACAUUGGUUCCCAGGAUGCUCUCAUAGCACAUUACCCAAGAAUCUACAAUGAUGAUAAGAACACCUACAUUCGCUAUGAACUUGACUAUAUCUUAUGAUUUUAUUGCUUAUUUUAUGUUUAAUGCACAGCUAUUUCACAGCUUAAACCUGCUUCAAUUUGGUGAUGUAAACUUUUAAACAUUGCAGGUCAGUGUAGAACUGGUCAUAGAGAAAGAGCUAGAAAUCCAGUAGCAUGAUUUUUAAAUAACCUGUCUUUGUUUUUGAUGUUAUACAGUAAACACCAGUAGUGACCAGGAACAUAGUGAUCACACACUAUACUGGAGGAAUUUCAUUUUUAAUUCAUCUUUAUGAAGAUUCAGAAUUCGUUCCUCGUGUUUAAAGGGAAUGUUUAAUUGAGAAAUAAACAUUUGUGUACAAAAUGCUAUCUCUGUGUUUUUUGAACAUGACUUGUAAAAUGAGGAACUUUUCAAGUAUUGGCUUGUGUAGAAUAAGUGGUUUAAUCUCAUUUUCUGUCACCUGGUUUAUAGAAAGUAAUGAGCAGAAUACAAAAUAUAUAAAGUGAUGGCAUCUUUGUCAAAAUUCUGCUGUUCUGUUGAUAAUGUCAAUGAAGAGUAGCUUGGAUGGGGAUAUUCACCUCUAUUACAAUUGUACCACUGCCACAGAGAGUAGAGCAUCUUUGCUGAACUGUCUUGAUAAUACUUUUUUUUUUAUACUUACAUAGCGCCUUUCAUCUCUUGAUUUCUCAAAAUGCUCUAUAAAAAUGGUCUGAAGCGAUUCAAGUCAUGCCUAGCUCUUGACAAGUUUAUACUUAUUGGGGCAAUAUCUUUACUUGAAACUGCCUUUUGUAAAUUGGGCAUGAGGCUUACCUGGAUGAUACUGAAGGAAUACAACUAUCUGGGCUUUGUGCUCUGUCAUAAGCCAAUACUCAACAUUCAAGUAAAUACUUAUUGAAUGCGUACUUACUUGAGCCACUGUGCUCAAUGCAGGGAGAUGUAAAGGUGCCUUCGAUUAGCCACUGGCCUGCUGAGAAAAACAGGUGGUGUUGGUUCAUCUGUAAGGCACAGUCUGGUGGUGUAUUGUGGUGUUAAAACGUGCAAGGAGCUGAAAUGUCUGUUUGCUUAGUUUUUCUUUUAGUUAUUUAGAUAAAAUGAUCUGCAGGUAUCAAACUGAAAUGGUACUCAUUUCUAGAGGAACCAAGAAAUAAGGCAGUACUUACAAGUAUUUUUAAGGAUAUUUCACUUUCCCCUAAUUUUCUGGCUAAAAACUUGGUUUUAGGUCUUUCGUUAUCCAUAGCUGACUUUCUGUGAACUAGCAGCAUAAGAAUAGAUGACCCUGCCACUAAAUUGUUACUGAACCUAGAAGAUUUGUGUUCUGUUACUGUUAACAUUUAGAGAACUUUUCUGGUUUUGAUGAUUCAGACAACAUUAGCUUAUAAAAAAUGGUACACAUAGAGCAGCUAAAGCUCUAUACUUCAGGCAUCAAUAUGUUGGAAGCACAGCACAGUUUCUCUUGGUAUUUGGACAUCUGGUUCAAAUUGAUAGUUCCAACAUCCCCUGAAGAGGGGGGAACAGCUUGUAAUUGGUUGUCUUUUACAACAUUGGUACUGUGUAUGCACUGACUCAAAAUUUGCAAUUCACUGUUCCUGUCUGAUGUGGCAACACUCACCUUCCUGUUCUUGGAGGUAUUUGUAAAAAGAAAAGAAAUAAAAAAAGUGGAGGGAAAAAUGCCCCAGUGGGAUUUUAAAUGUUGCUGUUCUCUAGUUAGUGUCAAGUGAUCUUGGACUUCAAAGUCAAAAUUUGAUUUGUCUUGAGGAAAUGUGAUGUAAUUUAAUUUCAUUUUCAUUUCAGUUACUUUCAUAAUAACUUCAGCUUGUGGUGGUAUGGAGUGAAAAAGACGGAUACUCUAAGUAACUUUUUAAUUGGUGCAAAUAAUAAUUGAAGUUAGAAGUGAGGGAAAUAUGGAAGGUUAUGACCUUAGAAGUCGGGACCAAGUAGGAGCUCAUGGAUGUUUGGAUUCUUUUAUUAUUAAUGAAUAAGGAAGGCAUUUUGCGAUAUACUUAAGUGAAAGACACUAUGUGAAGUUUUAACUCUUACAGACUUUCUUUUGCACUUUUGGUAUUUCUUAAAGCCAAACUUAAAGUGGGAAGAAAUUAAAUGUUCUUAAGGGGUCAUGGGUUUUUCUGUGGGCCCUUCUAAUGGAAUUGAUCUCUGGCUGUUGAAUUUUUUUCAUACUGUAUUUUUAAAAUUUGUUGUAUGGUGCCUUGUGAGCAUCAAGUACUACCAGAUGAAUAAAACUUGUAUCUAAAGUCUUA